CUGAUAGGGCUGUCGUGAGUGCUUGUAGGGACACAGGUAGCUAAAUACCCGCCACAUCCCCCGAGACUCUCAGUCCAACCUGAGGGACACGGCCACACACAUCUACACAGCACAAGCCGUUCACCAACUGACGUGCAGUACCAAUACAAAAUCUCCCAAAAUCACGAGAAUCUCUGCUCAGUCAGAAUGUUGUCACUGGCUCUACUGUGCUGCGUUUUGGCGAGUGUGUCGGCUCAGUGUCAGCCAGGCGGGAACUGUAAGCUCCCAGACUGCCGCUGUUGGUUCGAUGAAGACAUCCCAGGGGGCCUUGCGCCGGAUGAGACCCCUCAGGUUGUCCUGGUGACAUUCGAGGACGCCGUGAACGAGGUGAACGCCGACAUAUACAAGUCCCUAUUCACAGGUACCAAUCCUAACGGCUGCCCAGCCAGAGGAACAUUUUUUAUCAAGAACCUUGACACAAACUAUGACAUCGUGCGUGACUUGUUCGACGAUGGCCAUGAGAUUGGAGCCAACUCUCUUGAUGGUUCCUACCCUGCUAACGAGGAAGAUUGGAGGACUAUGCUGCAGACAAUCAAACGUGAACUCGCGGAUGUUGGCAUAACCGGAAAUGAAGUAAAGGGUGUCAGAGCACCAGAGUUGAGAGCCGGCGGCCUCGACGAGUUCAUCGGCAUGGGCGACAACAACUUUGACUACGACGCCUCCUGUAUCACGUCUGAGUUUGAUACACAGGCCAACCUGAAAUGGCCGUACACCUACGACUUUAUCCCCGGACCUUCCUGCAACGACGGCGAGCCACCAAACGCGCCCUUCCCUGGCAAGUGGCAGUUUCUGGUGGCAGCCCUCUCUAACAAUGGCACGACAUGUGCAACGCCAAGUGCCUGCACCAACUUGCUGACCCAGACAGAAGUCUUUGACCUAUUCUUCAACAGUUUCGCCUCGCACUACGAGGGCGACCGGUCUCCCUUCACCCUCAUCAUCAACCCCGACUUCGUCCUUGUGCCGUACAAGCUGGCAGGGCUCAAGGAGUUCCUGGAGUACGUCAGAGCUGCAUUCGAGGACACAUGGAUUCUACCAAUGAACAAGGCGCUGGACUGGAUCAAAGACCCCACACCCAGUCUGAACAUCUCAACCUUCCAGCCGUGGUCCUGCUAGCUGGAGGCGACUGAUGCCGCCUCUGCAUGUUGACCUCCAUCGGCCCGUAUCACACGCAUCUACCUACCAGCUGGAGUCGACUCGACUCGACCUGAUCCGUCCGCUAACCACACCUCCUUCGCUGACCCCCACUCCAGAAAAAUCAUAUAUCAUCUUAAUCACCCGAUGUUCUAAAGUUAUGUUAUUUACUUGAUCUCAGGCUGAAUAACCUCCCAGGGUGGCCUCUGACACCCCACCCCUCAUGUAGUGUCGCCUAUAUCUGACACAUACCCCCACCCCCUCAUGUAGUGUCGCCUAUAUCUGACACCCCACCCCCUCACGUAGUGUCGCCCAUAUUUGACACACCCCGACUCAUGUCGCCUAUAUCUGACACCCCUUCAUUCAGCGUCCACAUCCCAGGUCACGUGUUAUACAUGCUAAUUUCAAAGUGUAUUAAAUAUAACCUGAUUCUG